CCGCUCCUCCUUCCCCCGGCCCCCAACCCCAUUUCGACACAGAGUCGGAGAGCAAGAGAGAGAGAGAGAGAGAGAGAGAGAGAGAGAGGAGUUGUUGGCUUUGUCUUUUACAUUGAUGAAAUGAAAGACGGAAACUCCAAUACACACGCCCAAAGGCGCCAUUGAUUUCUGUUGCAGAAAUUCAGAGCUUUUUGAACACCUGUUGCCUCUGUGCCAAUGCCUCCUCCCCAGCUCUUUGCAUUGCACCGUCCAUACGUCGCCUCCCCUAUUGGCCACUGCUCAACACUCUCUCUCCUACUAAAACCCAAGCUUAAACCCUACCGUUAACCCCAGUUCAGUUCCCCCCCACUACCCAUUAAUCUAUCUACAUAGAUACAAUCAUAAAAAAAACAAAAAAGAUCGAAAAGCAAGGAAGCUAGCAAUUGAAAUCGUGAAUGCUCGCUUCACAGAUGUCACAAAACCUUGCUAAAAAUAGCAUCGCCCCCAAACCCAAACCCAUAACCAUUCCCAAACCUAACCCCACUGUUCCUUCUCGCUUUUCUUCAUCACCCCCAUUUCGGGACUGCCGAGCGUCCUCCACCGGUAGAUCCAGGAAGAUCGGUCCCCUGCACCAGAACAGACGCUUCCAGACCCCGCACUCUCACACAAACCCAAAUCUAAAUCCUCUAAACCCCUUUAUAAACCCUAAACCUAACCCUAAUGAUGACGGAGCCCAAACGCGAGGAGGCCCUUGCCCUCGUGGCUGCGGCGGCAGCAGUGGGUGAAGAGCUCGAGCUCGCUUUUGUCGCCGUGGAAGGGGACAAUGCCCGACCCGUCUCGGACAGGGCGCGACCCGCCCCGGACCUCGCCGCCGCAGCCGCGAGUUUCGGCGUUCACCGGAAGAAAAGGAUGGCCCGACAAAGGCGAACCGCCGUCAAUGUCCACCUACGGUCUCUUCCUCCUCCGGCUUGCUCCCGCCUGCACGUACCACAACUCACAGACCGCUCUAGUGGCCCCGCACGUGUGAUUGAUCCGAGGAGAUUGAGAUUUCUUUUCCAGAAGGAACUUAAGAAUAGUGAUGUAAGCUCCCUCAGGAGGAUGAUCCUCCCAAAGAAAGCUGCUGAGACUCACCUUCCCAUCCUGGAGAUCAAGGAAGGGAUUUUCAUGAUCAUGGAUGACAUGGAUGGUCGGCAUGUGUGGAGUUUCAAAUACAGGUUUUGGCCUAAUAACAAUAGUCGAAUGUAUGUACUUGAAAAUACCGGUGAUUUUGUUAACACACAUGGCCUUCAACUAGGAGACUUCAUCAUGCUAUACCAAGACAUUCAAAACCGGAAUUACGUGAUUCAAGCAAAAAAGGCUUCUGACCACAGUGUAUAUACUGAUUAUACGAGGAGUUCUGUAAAUGACUUCUACUUUCACGAUCUCGAGGCAAACAAAUCCAGUUAUUUUCACACGGCAGACGAUCCGGGCAUGUCGUUUAUCUACGACACAACAUUUUCAAAUGACUCCCCUCUCGACUUCUUAGGCGGGUCAAUGACGAACUAUUCCAGGAUUAAACCACUUGAAAGCUUUGGAUCUGUUGAGAACUUGUCUCUGGAUGACUUCUACUGAGUCUCACCUGGUGGCAGUUUUGGGGUAAAGGCACUCUCUUAGUGUUUGGGUGACUUCAUCAUGGUAAUGAACCAAUGUAUGUAAAUAUAAUGCCACUAUUGAAGCAAAACUAGUAUGUGUAGUAUAUGUACUUUGCCCCCUUUUCUGAUAUGGGUAAGAUGGCUUCAAGCCUUCAACCAUUGUUCUUGCU